AUGGCGGCUUCGCUGGGUACGCCACUGAUGAGGAUUCUGUAUGGUACGGAGACGGGCAGUGCACAAGAUGUUGCGGAGACGCUGUGGAAAGAUGCGCGGUUCCGCAAUAUUCCAGCUCGGGUUUCCAGUUUUGGCGACUACACUGUUCAGGUACUUAUGCACCUCUUAAUUAGGCUAUUUUCUCUUUUUUCAGUUUUCUGGGGCAGGUUCUGUGGAGUGAGGCGAAAUCGUCCAGGCGAAGAAAAAUAA